AUGUGGAAGCAAAUUGCCCUUGUCCCACGCUCGCCACUUCAACUGACCUCGAUUACAUUGGCAGUCGACGUCUUCAUACCCAACACAUCCGUCAAGUACCUGAAUUACAGGACUAGUGCGGAGAACCUGAGGACUCGGGACAGUGAGCACCUCGAAAAAAGACUUGAAAUUCAGCAAAUGUUCGGCGUUUCAGUCUAUGCAGCGCGAGGUGGAGUUCUGUCGGAGGCAGCAACCCAGAUCCUGGAAAUCUUCGUCGUCCCACUUAUUACCAACUCCACAACAAUCAUGGUCAAAGCAACUUCCGAUGCCUUCUUUGAAGGUGUCUACCCUGUGCGUGCUCAUGUCUGGGGUAUGGACAAGGAUAUAACAGUAGAACAGAACAGCAAACCGGUUUUGACUCGAAGAAAGUGCGUGUGA